GAAUGAACACUACAUUAUCGUCCGUGUCUAUGUGAAAUGUAGAAAAACUGUCACGUAUAGUUAAUUUGUCUCAUUUAGAAUAGUAGCUACUGUCAUACGUCUGAGGAUGAAGCUAGCUAGGCCACAAAAGCAGUAGCUAGCAGCCAAAAAAACGUCAACGUCGCAACAUCUCAGAAGCAAGAGGUUCUCAAUUACAGGUAGAUCUGACCAGACCUCUCUCCAGCACCAUGUGGGACCAGGAGAUCAGACAGAUGGCGUCCAGCCACGCCAUCAUGGCGUCAGGGGUGUUUAUGGCGACAGUGGUGCCAGCGGUGCUAGUGCCAGGUUUCUCUGUGUACGGGACACACCUGCUGUGGCUGUACUCUGUUGCCGGGGCCGUUGCCGUGGUCAACAUCACCCUGUUCUGGCUGCUGGGGGUCAGCUCCCCCACCAAGAAACACACUAUCACCUACAAGGUGUCUAGGUUGGUACGUUCCUGUCUCUACCUGCUCCUCUCCUGUCUGUUCUUCCACACUGUAGUGAUCCUGUAUGGAGCACCGCUACUGGAGACUGCGUUGGAGACUUUCUCUCUGGCCGUGUUGUUGACCAGUCUAACCACUCUGCGGUGUGUCUGUGUCCUUGGGCCCAACAUCCAGGCUUGGAUAAGAGUGUUCAGCCGACAUGGGGCCAUGUCGGUGUGGGACACCUCUCUACAGAUGGUGGUCGGCUGCAGUGUUGUCGGAGCCUGGCUAGGUGCCUUCCCCAUCCCAUUGGACUGGGACCGGCCCUGGCAGGUGUGGCCCGUCUCCUGCAGUCUGGGUGCAGUGAUUGGUUACCUGACUGGGCUAGUCGCCGCCCCCGCCUGGAUCCACUGGCACCGCAAACACCUCACCUACAAGAUCAAGUGAUGGACUGGGGAGAGAGUGAGUGAGGAAGUGAUGGACUGGGGAGAGAGUGAGUGAGGAAGUGAUGGACUGGGGAGAGAGUGAGUGAGGAAGUGAUGGACUGGGGAGAGAGUGUUCAUUUCUGUACGUACAUAUGGUUUAUAGGUCAGUCCUCCAGGCAGCUGAUCCAUUAUCCCUGUAGUAAUCCUGCUGUAUUCCAUUGGUAUCUGAAUAUGUACUGGACUGUUGGAGUGGACAGGCUCUCUACUGUAAAAUAUGUUUCCUUCAAAAAAGAUUCCAGACUUCCCCCUUUUGACAAAUAAAGUCUUAGUUCUCUACA